UUUUCAGUGAACCGGUUCAAUUAAGAACUUUCAUAGUUAUAGGUAUCUUCCAUGUUGUUUUAUUUUGUUUUGUGACGAUUUUCACUAUGUGAAUUGAUUAGUGUAUGUUUCCAAAUGAAAUAAAAAAUGGAUAAUGAUGGAAGAAAAUGUAGAAAAACGAAACUUGUUCCACGCGAAGUUAAUGAAUCGGACGAAGAAAUUUUUGCAUUGCAGAGUGUCGUGGAGAGUACAUUAGCAAGAAUUAAAAGACCAUGUAAAAAAGCACUUCCUGUAGUAGCUAUUGCUACUCAAUCUAGUCAAACAAACACAAAUUCCAUUCGGGAAAAUCCAGGCCGAAGUAAUACUAUGCCUAUGAAUUUUGACAUUAAGAUAGAAGUAGAGAAUGUUGACGAGAAUGCAAUAGAAAAACAGCAUGAAAUAAUAAGUUGGAGGGAAAUAGUGAAAAAAUCUAAUGAAAUUUAUCUUCAAUCCAAUAAUAUUUGUGAUAAAAUACUACAUGGACAGGUCCUCAACACAUGCAAACCGGACGUAAAAGUAUUCGUUAAAACGCCCCACGAGAAACUAUUGGACCGAGUAUUCACAAGAUGGUGCGAUUGGGCCUCCCUCACAGAGGAGCCCAAAGAUCCGCCGUUAUUCUACAAAUGUUACAUUUGCGAUAUGGCGUGGUGGCACUUGGCCGACUUCCGCGACCACAUACGAACCCACGAGCCUUCGAGCCUUCGCGUCGUUCUAGAAAUGAAUGACUACGUCGAGUGCAAUAUUGUCGCUUACUAUAGCAAAUCGGCGAACAAGUACAUCGCGAACAUAGAAGGGAAAUGCUGGAAAUGCGGCGAAAAUGCGUUCGAACAUACGAAAUUGAAGAACUGUGUCGGAUGUAAGAAACGGUUCUACACGUGCAGCAAGCUACGCCAGCACCAGUGGUACUGCGAGGGGUUCAAAAAGAUGCAUCUAGAACUUUUCGCCUCAGCUGAGAAGAUAUUUAAAUGUCACCUGUGUCGGUUUUACUUUUUCAAAAAGGAAGACAGUAUAGAACACAUGAUAUUGCGGCAUUCUGUGCGGUCCGAUGUGCCCAUACCGGGUUGUGCUGUUUGUGAGAAAUGCAAGGACCUGAUUUCCUAUGAAGAUGAUCAUGUUUGUGAAUCUAAAAGGUAUGUUACGACGUGUGGUGCGUGCAAGAAAAGGGUCACCGAAAGCAGUGCUGCAUUCCAUCAGAUUGAAGGGAACGUCACCUGCUCUGUAUGCAAACUGAAAAUAGUAAAUAGUUGUUCAACACAUCUCCACGCACUUCGUCAUACGAUGAACUAUGGAUUGGCGUACAAGUGCCUCACCUGUAAUUUUUUUAUAAUCUUUGACUUGGAACAGAUUCAAAAACACAAAAUGUUUUAUCAUUCCAAUCGUGACUUUGAUUAUGAUCUUAUUUCCGUCCCAAAAACCAUUGUAGAUAGGUUAAAAUCUACGCCAGCCAAACAUGAUUCGACUGUUGAUAGUCCAAUAAAUACUUUACUAUUGCCUAAUGAUACUCAAGAUAUGGUGAACGAUAUAGAUGACGAUGAUGAUGUCAUCAUCAUUGAUGAUGUGCCAGAAGUUAUUGUUAUACCAUCUGAUGACACACCUAACGAUGAUCUCCCUUGUGUGAUUGCUAAUAUUAAAUCCGAACCACUUGAAAUUGAAUUACAAACAUCUAAAACAAAACAUACUGUUACACCACAAAAUGUUUUUGAAUGUAAAACAAUGGAAAUCCAAAUACCUAAAGACACAAAAGACUUAUUAGAUUGCCAUUCAGAUGGAAACAGAAUUAGUGAUGAUGAAGUAAUAUGUAUUGAUGAAAUUAAAAGGGAACCUAAUAGUGAAGUGGCCGUGGAAUCUACACAUAACAAUUUAAAUAAAACUACUACACAUAGACGCACGCAGUAUGUACAUGGUAAAGCAACAUCAAACACGCAAAUUGUAAAAGCUACUCCGGAAGAUAUCGCAAAGUCAUUGAUUAAUAUUAAAAAAUCAAUGGAUAUUACAUAUAAAGAAAUGGAAUUCAUGAAAAAAUAUAUAAAUCACUCCAGCACAAAUCAGACAGAAGUCGAUAUAGAAAGAAUGCUACCUUCAGCGUUUGUGAAAACGAAAUGUUCGGAAAGCCCUGAAGUGAUACAGAAGAUACAAAAACCGAAUAAAAUUAAAAAGUUGAGACAAUACAGACCUAAGAUUAAACAGACUGUGCUAACGGACGCUUCUCGACAUUCAGAAUCCGAUGUUAAAAUCGAAGUUAUAAAAAGUGUAGACGUGGUGGAGAAAGAGAAACUAAUAACAGUCGACCUAAGUGAUACACAAUUGAAUGAACAGAAACGAGAAGAAGGUAGACCGGCGGAUAUAUCUAAUAAUUUAGAACAAAUUACUCCAAAAGAAUCUGAAGUAUCAGAACCGCUAAAGGUAGAAAAAUUAGUAGACACGGUUGUCGAAAUCGAUAUCCCAUGGGAUGCUGUUCCAAUAAAGGAAGAAGCGGAUCCGGAAAUGGAUUUAAAAUUAUCGGAUAUCAGAAGGAUAUAUCAUAUCGAUGUUAAUGUCGGUGAAAACGAAAUUGAUGUUAAGCGAGAAAUUAAUGAAUUCGAUCUAACCGGACAAAGCGAGAAUUGGCACCAAGACAACUCUGCUUAUAAUUCGCAACAUUCGAGUGAUGAUGAGUUUGAGAAUGAUUUGAUCACCAUCUCACCAAAUGAAACUUUAAAUACUGAUGAGGAUAGUGAUCAUGAAAGGAAACGAACACACAGGAAGAAGGGAAAACUAUACAGCUGCAUUCGCUGUAACUUCAAAGGCGUGCACAGACUAUACAAACAACACAAACGAUACGAAUGUCAAAAAGCAAUUCACCUUUAUGAUUAUCAUUGUUCGUUAUGUAAAAAUAGUUUUGAUUCGAUGCAUACAUAUCUGUUGCACUUUGAAAAGCACGGCGUUCCGGAGUUGAUCUGUCCACAGUGCGGUCACGGCGGCAUAUCCAUGAAGUCUUUGAGCUUACACGUGAAGAUGCAUAUCAAGAGUCUCUUCGUUUCGUAUAGAUCUUUCCACUCCGACGACACGAUAACGGCGCCAGUUUUAAAAUGCAAAGUGUGUGAUGCUCACGUCACGCGGCCCGAUUUCAUAAAGCACUGGGACACGCAUCUGGACCUAAAUAAUUUAAAAAGGCGCCUCAAAUCACCAGAGAUGUUAUUACCGCAACUGCCCCACGGGUUUCAGACAUUGGACCAUGAUGACACGCCGGAUAUUAAGAAAGCUUUAAGUUUAUUCAUGAACCCAGAAAAAUUGAUGGAUGUUGAGAGAAAGAAUUUCCGUGUAUGUAUUUUAUGUGAGCGGUAUUUUAAUAGACGAAAUGACUGCAAGCGACAUUUAAUUGAGCACUUUCUUAAAAAUGCUUACUCAACCAAGACCCGUUGCAACGGUUUGAAAUGUCAAAUUUGUGGGGACGUGUUCGAGAAAAUUGAUAUGUUCAGGGGCCACAUGCGGUUGCAUGCAUGUCUUCCAGUAUACAAAUGCGAAAUAUGCGACAGAACAUUUAGUGAUUCCAGUAACUUUUCCAAACAUAAGAAAGUGCACAAUUUCCAAAUAUUGAUCUGCGAUAUUUGCAAGAAGAAGUUCACUAAUAAAGCCUACCUCACCAAACAUAUAAAGGACCACGAAAAAACCCCGAUAAUAAAAUGUGACAAGUGUAAAAAAAUAUUCGUGUGUAAAUCAGCAUACAAGAAACACUACAGGACAAACCAUUCAAUGUACUCGAGGUUUAGAUGUCAAGAGUGCAGGCAACAUUUUUCCACGACCAGGGAGAAAUGGGACCAUAUGUGGAAUGUACACAGAGAAAGAGAGGUUCAGGCAGACUGCCAUUUAUGCGACGCGAAAUAUCGGAAAAAGUCAGAUUUGAAACGACAUUUUGCGUCUAUGCAUAAAAGUAAGGCGCCAGAUAUCACAAAUGCCGAUAGUGAAGAUGUCGAUGUCAUCAAGUCUGAACCAGAGUAGUUUUUUUAAAUAUAGAGUAAUUUUUCGUUAGCUUAAUAAUCUGUGGAUAAAUUUGACAGUUCACUCUAUGGUUGGUAUGACCAAUAGUCCAAGAAUAAUUAUUACUAUAGGUACAUUUUUGUAUUGCUCUACAUCUGAAGGGUCGUACUGCGUUUUAGGUUUUUUCAAAGCGGUUAACUUACUAAUGUAUGAAGUUUGUAUAGAUUUUUAUCAGUGAUAGUUAUAUUUUUGUCAUUCCAUAGAACACAUUUUAUAUAUAGGACAUACAAUUAAUUAUAAAAUGAAUUAUUUCUACGAAAUAGACAAGUUUUUGAUGUGUUAUUUGUUUUAGUUUAGCACUUAACAAAGAGUAGACCAAUUCACACAGCACUUUGAGCACUGAAAAUUGUUAAUAUUUUAUUUAAAUUUAGGCCAAAGUAUUAUUAAAUUUGUAAUACUUCCUUGACAUUUGUGAGACUAGCAUUUUGUCACUGUCACGCGUUAGACAGCUGGAGACAUCUUGUUCUAUUCUCUAUGAACCUUAAAAUCAUAUUAUAUUAAGCAUUAUUCCAAUAUUUAUUGUGAAAAAUUCUGUUUAUUGAAAUAAUAUUUUUGUAAUUUCACUGCAUGUUAUUUUGUCCA